AUGGACACGCCCGAUAGGCCCCGCGCCGCCGCCGCCGGAUUCGAGGACUCUCCUGUCUUCAAUUUUAUCAACAAUCUAUCGCCUAUACCAAUCCAUAAACCUCAAGACACAUCGCAUAGCGUGCAGCUAUUCAAGUCACUGGACUUGGCUCCUGUUUCUUCCAUCUUUGCCUCACCACAUGUCAAUCCACCAAAGGAACAUAAACUUCUGACAAGGGAUGAUUCUGUUCAACCUUCUCAAGAUUCGAAUUCUCCUAAUAGCGUCAGAACCCGAUUAGGGAGUACGAUUAGGAUGAUCAAAUGCAAAAACAUUGUUCCAGAGAGCUGCAGUUUCACUUGUCACCUAAAUGAGGGAUCUAUUGGUUCUUCUGUCGACACAUCAAACUCUACAAGUAAAUUGCCUCAAACCAUCCAGUUCGUUGGUGGCCAUGCAGAAUGUGACAAGAAUCAAAAUGCUGAUGGUAAUGAAGAUCUUGCUACAGAUCAGGGGUGCACAGGACUAGAAGACGUCCUCCUUGAUCACACUGGUCCAGAUCAAAUGGAUUCAUCACAGCCUGGAGGAAUUGUUCAUGAAAACCAGCUACCUGAACAACAUCACGAUGGAUUUGCGGCAUAUGACGGGGAUUACUUGAUUACACAUGAAUCAACUAGUCAUAUGCUGAGAUUAGCCCCACCAUUUGCGUCAGAGACACAGUUAGUGAAUGAGACACUAAAUGCUGACAAUACAUUCUCUGGUAAUUCCAUGUCGACUGAUGAGCCAAGUGGCACUUAUAUGAACAAUGCUGGACAUGAUCCUCAUCUUUACUGGGAUGGACCAGUUGAAGGGUCCGCGCCAGAUUAUACCCCCCAAUUGCUCCCUGGUGCUUGUCAAAGUCAGUUGGCGCCAAAUGAUCAAAUGUGUAAUGCUGUUGAAGAACCUAGUGAAUAUUUGCCAAUGGACCAAGACCAAAGUGCCUUGUCACAGCAUAUGCGUGUUAUGAGCAGGCGUUGCCUUUUCAACGAAAAGGCUGGAGUAGUCAAUAAAGCUGCGAAGAAGACCUCAGGUCAUCAUUCUGCUAAUACAACUACCCCCAGAUGCAAAACUAGUUCUGGUGAUAACAACUCAAAGCCUAUGAGAACCCCUCCAUGUGCAUUGCCUGGUAUUGGUUUGCAUCUGAAUACCCUUGCCACAAUACCAAAAGACAAAAUAGUCCCCCAUGUUGCUCAGCCUUCUAUAAAUCAAGCCAGCAACUUUCCAUGUGCUGUCAGUUCUUCUCCACCAACAUCGGAACCAAAUACUGAAGAUUCCUCUCAGGCAGUCGUGGUUGCAAAUGCUGAUGAGCCUAGUCAGGCCGGUCCCAAGAAAAAAAGACACAAAUUUGAUGAUGGUGAUGGGACUGCAUGCAAGCGCUGUAGUUGCAAGAAGUCAAAAUGCUUGAAACUUUACUGCGAGUGUUUUCAUGCUGGAGUAUUUUGUUCAGAACCCUGUUCAUGCCAAGGCUGUCUGAAUAAGCCUGGGAACAUGGAAAUAGUUUUAUCUACUCGAGAACAGAUUGAAUCUCGUAAUCCACUAGCAUUUGCACCCAAAGUAAUUCGCACAUCUGAGCCUGGUCAGGAAUUAGGGGAGUACACUAACAAAACUCCUGCUUCGGCACGUCACAAAAGAGGAUGCAACUGCAAGAAGUCAUCGUGUCUGAAAAAAUACUGUGAAUGCUAUCAGGGUGGCGUGGGAUGCUCCAUAAGUUGCAGAUGCGAGGGAUGUAAGAAUGCUUUUGGAAAAAGAGAGGGAGUUGCACUGUUGAGUGUAGACGAAGUUAAGCUGGGAUACGAGGAAAAUAGUGCCCUUGUAAAGGAAGAAAAAAACGAAAAUGAUAAUCAGCUCGUUAUCAGCCAAGCUGCUAAUCCUGCUCCUGCUGAGAAUGUACUGACUACACCUUCAGUUAUGAACAUCAGACCCUUGGCUUCCAUUCUGCCUUCAAGCUCCAAGAGGCCACGAUCUUCGACAAAGCUCCUUGGACAAUCUCCUCGACUAUGCAACUCUCAAGCUCACCCGAAGGCUGAUAUACUGCUCUCACCAUUUGAAAACUAUUCCGCAGAAAUGGUUUGGGGACCUGGUACAUCAGAUAGCCUGAAAGGAGGUUUAUCUCCUCAAACUUCUGUCAAGGUAGUGUCCCCAAAUAAAAAGAGGGUAUCUCCCCCGCGCAUUGGUACUGGAUUGUCUCCGAUCUGCAAGAGCGGCAGGAAGUUGAUCCUGAAAUCUAUUCCUUCGUUCCCUUCUCUCUGCGGUGAUGUAAAUAACGCGGACCCCAAGACCACCUUCCCAGCUCCUUGAAUUCAUCAGCAUGUAUCACUUUGAGGUCAUUUCAUUAUUUACUUGUUGGUUCCCCAGAUGACCAAUGCCCCAUGGUCUGCCUCAGUUCCUCCAUCCUUCAGAGUUUGAUGAAUGGCCAAGAGAGUUUUGUUUUCGCCUGCUCCAUUUAGAGCCUUAUAAGUACCCCAUCUAUAGUAAAAUGUUGAAUAAUAAUGUACCAAUACUACCCCCGGAGAACCGGCUGCUAGUAGUUAUGUCCACACUUGUGGAGACAGAUCCUUGUUGAGUUGCAUAUCUAUGUUAAUCUGUAUAAUUAAUUAUAUAUUUAUUUUAUCCAUCAAACUCGGAUCAAACCGUCAAGACCAUAUGUACUUUGAUCAAAAUCCGCA